AUGUCAAAGCAUAUAGAAGUAUCUCCUCGAAUACAAUCCGUGGCAUCUGCUACACCAGAUGCGUCACAAGACCCAUCACAAGACCCAUCACAAGGUUCGAAACAGGAGUCAUCCCUAAAUGGGUUAACGAUUGAACAGAUUCUCACUCAUGGAUACGUUCAUGGUCACAUACACAAACAUGGAGACCAUACCCACAUUCAUGGCCACAUCCACAACCAUGACCACGAUCAACAUUUCAAGUAUCAACAAGGCUCACUACCGAAUAAUUUUCAAGCUAGCGGAAAUAAUAAUAACAACAAUAAUAAUGAUAAUACUGCUAGUAAUAGUAGCAUUUCAAGUUGCAAUGCCAAUUUCCACAACCCUGAUAACAGCAGCUAUGAAUCGGAUGAAAAAUUUUGUAAUGAGUUGGAGAACUUUGUCAAUUGUGAAGAUGUAUUUUGUGAUGACUUGGACGACUGUUUUUUCUAUAAUUGUUUUGACGGCAACAACAACAACAACAACAACAACAACAACAACAAUAUCAAUAACUGCAACAACAUUUGCAACAGCAGCAACAAUAUAAGCAGGUCAUCGAUUGCAUGCAAUGGAAUGCAGUGCGACCAAGUCUCGAAUGGUGUACCAGGAGUCUGCUGCAACAAUAUUAAUUGCACCAAUAUACAGAGACCUAUUACUGGAGGCAAUACUUUGGCAAGUGCGGUAUCAACGGAAUCAAAAGAUGGAUCAUCUACUGCUGACAGAUUACAAUGUUGUAAUGACCCACACUGUUUGAAUCUAGACUAUAAUCUGGGUUCAGGAUCGCAAUCAUCUCAACAUUCUCAAACAUGCUAUGAUCCCAAUUGUACCAUUGGUUCUACUUCUACAAUAGGGACAACAACAGCCCCAACAGCCCCAACAGCCCCAACAGCUUCAACAGCUUCAACAGCUUCAACAGCUUCAACAAUAUCAUCCUUUAUGCACUCAGAAGAGGAUAAUCUAUGCAAUUUACAAACAGCCAAAAGGCCCUUGUUUGAAGAUCUCAUCAAUAAUGUACACCAAAAUAUGCAGCUUCAAUUCCCCAAAAUUGGUGGAUCAUUCAGUAGUGGGCAGAAAGAAACAGAACCGCCUGCGAGAAAAAAAUUGAAACAAGAGAAAAAUGGAGGCACUAAUGGGGAAAAAGGAGGAGAUGGAAAAGAUGGAGGAGAAAGGGGAGGAGAAGAAUGGGGUAGAGGAGGCAACAAGAACGGUAUUAAUAGCGGUGCUAAUGAUCGAACUAUCAGUAGUGGAGGCAAUAAUUCUUUAUUUCAACUUCAUUUUCCUCAUGAAUGCCAUGCAACAGACGUGGCAGAGUCAUCCAAACACCAUCACGUGCACCAGUCCUGUUUCCACACUACAAUUCCUAACGAUAUUGAUUUUCAAAACUCGAGUGACGAGAAAAUGUCAAUUUCAGAUUAUGAAUUCAUGGUUCGCUUCAACAAUUUCAACAAUUUGAUGAGUAACACCGGGUUUGUCGACGGUGGCAGCGACCAUGUCAACGGCAAUGGUAAUGGCAAUGUUGGCAAUGGUGGCAAUGGUGGCAAUGGUGGUGGUGGUGGUGGUGAUGCAAAUGGUAAUUAUUCCAAUACUGAAAGAUUGAUAAAUUCAAACCUUGAGAACGAAGAGAAUGAAGCUCAAAAUAAACAGCUUUCACAGUAUCCCUGUCAAUGGGAACGGUGUUUUAAAAAGCUUAGUGAUGAAAAUUUCAUGAGCCACAUGAAUGACCACUUGAGCCAAGAACAAACUACUGGCAAGCACCCCUCAUCUUUUCAAUGUGAAUGGAACGAUUGUAAUUUUACCGAUUCGAGUCUCGACGCCUUGCUUGGACAUCUACAAUCUCACAAACAAUCAAAUAAUGCUUCACACUAUCCUACAAACACUUCAAACUACAACUACCCUGCAAACUUUUUAAGUCCUAUAUCUUCAUCAAGCCCGCACCCGAAUAGUGAGCUGCCGAAAGACCACCAUUUCAGUCUUCCCUCGCAAAACCACCACCACGUUAUUCACGAUGUAAACAUUACAUCAAUGCAAAUCAAACCUAAAAAAAUUAAGACUCCUAUCUCAAAUUCAUGCUGUAUCCAGCAGUCACCACUACCAUCUCAAAUAGUACCAACAGAACCAACAGAACCAACGGCACGAACAGUGCCAACAACAGAAAAAGUCACAUCAAACAUUAUUACAAACCAAGAAACGAGAAAGAAGCUAAACAGAAUGAUGGCAACAAAAACAUCGCACUGUUGUCAUUGGGAGAUUGGGGUAGAUCAAGAUGGGAAACCUGUUUCGUGUGAUAAUGUGUACCACUCUGAAGGCGAUCUUCAACAACAUAUUAUCGAAAACCAUAUUGGAUCAGGCAAAUCUUCCUACAAAUGUUGCUGGAUCGGUUGCGAAAGACACAAUGGUAAGAUCUUUACGCAGCGACAAAAGCUUUACCGACAUAUCCAUACACACACAAACUAUAAGCCAUGCAAGUGCCCUGAGUGUGGAGCAAGUUUUGCAGUUGAGUCAAUGUUGCAACAGCAUCUCAGAACUCAUUCGGGCGAAAAGCCUUUUGUGUGCAAUAUAUGCAAGAAAUCGUUUGCCACGAGCAGUUCCUUAUCCAUACAUAAUAGAGUUCACACAGGAGAAAAGCCCUUAAAAUGUAAAUGGCCUGGAUGCAACAAAAGCUUUAGCGAAAGCUCAAAUUUAACAAAACAUAUGAAGACACAUACAAAGAACAUCAUUGUACGACCAAUGUAA